AUGGAGAUCGAAACCAAACAAAACAAAAGAGCGCAGCUCACAGCUAUCCAAAGGUCAGCCAUAGUAUCCGCCCACAAAAGCGGUGCCUCGCAAGUGAAAAUCGCUAAUGAUUUCGGCUGCACCCGCAAAACCGUCUACAAUACCCUCAAGCGUUACCACGACGAAAACAGCCUCGAGAAUCGCGAAAAGACCGGCCGACCCCCGAAGCUAGAUGCCGGAGCUUGUCGAUAUCUCUGUUUACAGGCGCGCCGACACCCUUUUUGGUCCUAUAACCAGCUUAGAGAUGCGACACCCGGGCAGCCGGCUCAUUCUACUAUACGGCGGAUUUUGAAGCAGUUCGGACUUGGGAAACGGCUUUCGAAAAUGGAGAGACCGGGUAAGCCGUCUGUUGCGAGGAAAUGGGUACGAUUGGACAAAUAUCGUGGUGUGAAGGCUUCUGAUCUGGGAUCUGCUCGGAAGAGUGGACCGAGUGUUCAGACUGAAUGA